CUCGGCCCAUACGAGAAAGCCCAAUAUUCAUUUAGUUGGUCCGGUUUGAUGUCUCUAAGACCCGAUCUAGGAUCCGAAUUCACAUUGAUUUAAAUAAAAAACCUUUGAUUAAAAAAAAAACUAAAAACCCAAAACGAAGAAAUCAUCGAAGGAGAAAGAUCGACGAGAGAGAGACAACAAUGGCACCUUCGUCGUCGAGCGGUUUAACCUUCAAGCUACAUCCUUUGGUAAUUGUAAACAUAUCGGAUCACUACACUAGGGUCAAAACUCAGCUCAAUCCUCCUGCUUCAAUCUGCGCAAGCGGGCAUGGCUCAAACAACGGCGAAGCAAUGAUCCAGCAAAACCCUAGGGUUUACGGAUGUGUGAUCGGAGUCCAGAGAGGUCGUACGGUUGAGAUCUUCAACAGUUUCGAGCUUUUAUAUGAUCCUUCGACUCAAACACUUGAUAGAUCUUUCCUCGAGAAGAAGCAAGAGCUAUAUAAGAAGGUGUUCCCUGAUUUCUAUAUUCUGGGAUGGUACUCUACGGGAAGUGAUGCUGAGGAAUCUGAUAUGCAUAUCCAUAAAGCUUUGAUGGAUAUCAAUGAAUCUCCUGUUUAUGUGCUUUUAAACCCGGCAAUCAAUCACGCACAGAAGGAUCUUCCAGUGACUAUCUAUGAAAGUGAAUUGCAUGUCAUUGAUGGAAUCCCACAGCUGAUUUUUGUUCAUACAAGCUACACAAUCGAGACAGUUGAAGCUGAACGGAUAUCAGUCGAUCAUGUUGCACAUCUCAAACCAUCUGAUGGAGGCUCAGCAGCAACCCAGUUGGCUGCUCAUCUUACUGGUAUACAUAGUGCCAUCAAGAUGCUUAAUAGCAGAAUCAGAGUGCUCUACCAAUAUCUUGCUGCAAUGCAGAAAGAUGAUAUUCCUUGUGACAACUCACUUCUGCGACAAGUAUCUAGCCUGCUAAGAAGAUUGCCUGCCAUGGAAUCAGAGAGAUUUCAAGAUAAUUUCUUGAUGGAGUACAACGACAAAUUACUAAUAACUUACCUAGCGAUGAUUACAACUUGUUCCAGCAACAUGAACGAGAUGGUCGACAAAUUCAACACCGCGUAUGACAGAAACACUCGAAGAGGUGGAAGAACUGCAUUCAUGUAAAAGAUUCUUUCUAGCAAUUUAAGUUGUAAAAGAUCUUCUCUUGGUUCCUGAAACCAUUUUUGACUUUGUCUCUGUGAGAAUCUAUAAUUCAAAAAGCAUAACAAAGUUUCAGAUACCAAACAAUCCGAAGACUUUUAUCCUCUUCAUUGUUUCUAUAUAUAUAAGAAACAUCUGCUUCUCUGUUGUUAGUAUAAAGAUUUUACGGUUUG